GGAGGGAUUAGGGGCGGCCUGCGAGGCUCCGCCUCCUUUAAGGCCUGCCGAGGCUGGGGCUGAGGGUAGCCCCACCCCCUUGGGACACUCGCCACACGCGUGCGCAGUGGGUCGCAGAGCCGCCAUGCCGGAACCGCGCGGGUCGUCACCCCUUCGGGUAAACGCGGCGUUUGCCGCGCGGUACGGCCGCUACCGGGAGCGCGAGGAGCUGCAGCGGCUUAAAGAUCGCUACGGGGACCGAGACAGCGGCGGCGACUCCAGCUCUGAGUCCGACUCUGGCGACGAGCGCGUGGAAUUUGAUCCCCAGCAAGAACGUGACUUUUACAGGACUCUCUCCCUGUUGAAGAAGAAGGACCCCCGCAUUUACCAGAAAGAUGCCACCUUCUAUCAGAGAACAGUAUCCUCCUCGGAGAGUGAGGAAGCGCCAGCAGCCAAGGAGAAACAAAAGAAGAUGCGGCCCAUGUACCUGAAGGACUACGAAAGGAAGGUUAUCUUGGAGAAAGAAGGCAAAUAUAUCGAUGAGGAAAAUUCAGAUGAGGAGACCUCCAAUCAGAGAUUCCAGAUCUCGUCAAAAAGUUACAUAGAAGAGCAGAAACAGCUCAAGGAAAGCUUCCGGGCUUUUGUGGAAGACAGCGAGAGUGAGGACAGUGCCGGGGAGGGUGGCUCCGGGUUGCUGCAGAAACGCGCUAAAACCAGGGAGGAGAAGGCCCAGGAGGAUGCGGACUACGUGGAGUGGCUGAAGGGGCAGAAGGAGAUUCACAACACUGAUACCCUGCAAGAACUGACCCACCUCAAAGAAUAUUGGAACGACCCAGAGCUAGAUGAAGGCGAGCGGUUCCUGCGAGAUUAUAUUCUUAACAAACACUAUGAGGAGGAGGAGGAGGAGGGCGAGGAGGAAGAAGAGGAGGAGGAGGAAGCGGGCUCGGCUGACCCCCAGCCCUGCCCCAUCUCGUCCCUCAGGGGCCCCAGCCUCCCCGUCCAGCUGGCCGUGGAGGAUUCCUCGGAUGAGGGGGAGCUGUUUCUGAAGAAGCAGGAGGACUUUGAGCACAAAUACAACUUCCGCUUCGAGGAGCCGGACUCGGCCUCGGUCAAGACCUACCCUCGAAGCAUCGCGUCCUCUGUGCGCCGCGAGGACAAGCGCAGGAAGGAGCGGAGAGAGGAGACGAGGCAGCGAAAGAAGAGGGAGAAAGCGAAGAAGCAGGAGGAGCUCAAGCAGCUGAAGAACCUGAAGAGGAAGGAGAUCCUGGCCAAGCUGGAGAGGCUGCGGCAGGUCACAGGCAAUGAGACACUGGGCUUCGAGGAGAAGGACCUGGAGGACGACUUUGAUCCUACCCAGCAUGACCAGCUCAUGCAGAGAUGUUUUGGGGACGAGUACUAUGGCACCACGGAGGAGGAGAAGCCGCAAUUUGAGGAAGAGGAAGGGCUUGAAGCAGAUGACUGGAACUGGGACACAUGGGCUGGGCCCGAGCAGGGUGGAGCUUGGAGCCAGCAGGAACCGCACUGCGAGGACCCCGACUUCAAUAUGGAUGCUGACUACGACCCCAGCCAGCCGCGGAAAAAGCGGCGCGAGGCCCCCUUGACAGGCAAGAAGAAGCGCAAGUCGCCCUUCGCCACGGCGGUGGAGCAGGAAAAGCCCGUGUUCAACCCUGCCUGGCUCCCUCCCCUCACAGGAGACAAGACGUUCGAGGAGUACCUGGAUGAGUAUUACCGGCUGGACUACGAGGACAUCAUUGACGAUCUGCCCUGUCGCUUUAAGUACCGCACCGUGGUUCCCUGCGACUUCGGGCUGAGCACCGAGGAGAUCCUCGCUGCUGAUGACAAAGAGCUGAACCGGUGGUGCUCCCUGAAGAAGACCUGCAUGUACAGGUCAGAGCAAGAGGAGUUGCAGGACAAGAGGGCAUACAGCCAGAAGGCCCAGAACUCCUGGAAGAAGAGGCAGAUCUUCAAGUCACUUUGCCCAGAGGGGACGGAGACACUCACGGAAGCCACAGGGAAGCCACAGAGAGACAAAGCCGACCCUCCGGGGCAGCUGCUAGCACCUGAUGGGGCCUGUGGGCAGCGGCCCCAGCCUGGGAGCCCCCCAGCACAGGAAGAGGCGGGUCCUGUGUCUCCCACCCAGAAGCCAGUCCCCCACAGGCGGAGGAGGGGCAAGAAGGCGCGUCUCCUGGGCCCCACCGUGACCCUGGGUGGCCGUGAGUUUAGCCGCCAGAGACUGCAGGCCUUUGGCCUCAACCCCAAACGGCUGCACUUCCGGCAGCUGGGCCGGCAGCGGAGGAAGCAACAGGGUCCCAAGAGCGGCCCCUGAGCUCCAGGGAGCAGGCAGGGGCCCUGGGGUUCCUCCUCUCCAAUCGAGCUUGGGGACUGUGUAGACCCUGGUGUCUGCCUGUGGCCGAAGAAGUUGUGGAAGUGAGGCCUACCUAACACGCUUCCCCCAGCAUCUCACCUUGAGACACGCCUUGGACCCCAUCCCUUAAAUGCUGGGCCCAGCCAUAGCCACAGUCAAAUUAAACGGCUUUAUUAGCCCCCAGUGGCCACAGUUCCCCCCCCUCCCGUACCCCCCGUCCUUAGCAGGGUAGGGGCUUUGGGACCAGUGAGGGGCAUGGGUGGUCCAGUGCAAACUACAGUACUUGAGUCAGGCCCUGAGUGGGUGUCCGGAAGCUCUCCCUCCCUGCCCUGUGAGGAGGGCCCAGCUGGCGGGAGGCCCAUUGUCUGAAUGGCCCCAGUUCAGAGCUUUCCUGGACUGGUCUCAGCUGCGCUUGUCAAGGGAGUGAGAAGGGGAAGACCCAUCACCUCCCGAUGUCAAGCUCCCACACCCAGCAUGACAUAAAUAAAAAAAUAAAUAGUGCGCAUCUUCUCCCCCAA